AUGAAAGAAACUAAUAAUAAAGUCCACAGGACUAUAAAAGAAAAUACAAAGGAACUCCAUCCUAACGGAGAAAAAAGGUUGAUAACUUUAACUGGCAUAACCACCAGCCAAAUCAACCAAGCCUUAAAGGCUGACAAUCCUUAUCCAGCCCGAGUAUUUUUAAAAACUGACAACCAAGAGCAGGAUAUUCCAUAG